AUGAAUUCGCACACUUCGGGUUGUGUUUCUUCCGCGAUAUUCCGGAAGGUUAUAAAUCACAUUAUUAUCGACCUUGGACUAGCCUCAUUGUUUGAGCGGGAAAGCUCCUCAGUAAAAAAACGGGCAAAAUGGACCCAGCCAAAUUGCGGAAUUUCAGAGUUGGUAGGGCUUUUAGAGCUAUGGGAAUCGCAACGAUUGUGUCUACUGCGGUCUUACGAUCCUCAGUUGGAAUGGAAUGUUUUAUUAAAUUCUGGAAUAUUAAAAACUGUCAAUAAAGAUGGAAGUCUUGUCGAUCUGCAAGACUAA